UUGGGAGUCACUAAUUCAUUAGAUGCUGUUAGCUGUGCAGGGUAGGAUGGGCAUCACCAGCAUAAAACUGACUGGUCACCUUGUCAUCUUGGUGGCCUACAUUCUUACACCAUCUUCUGGUCACAGCUCCAGGACACAGGAUCAUGUGUCAGAAGCAGAUAUCCAGCGUCUUCUUCAUGGGGUGAUGGAAGAGCUGGGCAUCGCUCAGCCCAGAGUGGAGUAUCCAGCACACCAAGCCAUGAACCUUGUGGGGCCACAGAGCAUUGAAGGUGGUGCUCAUGAGGGUUUGCAGCACCUGGGACCUUACGGGAACAUCCCAAAUAUUGUGGCAGAACUCACAGGUGACAAUGUUCCAAAGGACUUUCGGGAAGCCCAGGGUUAUCCCAAGCCUCCCAAUCCAUGUCCUGUGGGAAGAUUUGCAGUAGAUGGCUGUCUGGAAAAAACACCAGACACAGCCCAGUUCAGUCGUGAAUACCAGGCGCAUCAAAACCUUUUUGACCCGGAGCACAAUUAUCCUGGAUCAGCCAAAUGGGACAAGAAGUUGCUUUUUGAGAAAAUGAAAAGUGUAUCACAGAGAAGAAAAAGGUCUGUAAGUGAUUCUUAUCCUUUGCCAUCAUUACGAACUACACAAGGGUUAUCUGCAUCUCCCCAUCCCAAAGACCAGUACCUGGGUGAUGCCUCCUCUGUUAUAGAGGAGGUGAAUCCAUACCUGCAGGGACAGAGACUGGACAACGUUGUUGCCAAGAAAUCUGUUCCCCAUUUCUCUGGUGAAGAGGAGGAAUAAGCAGAUGCAAAUGACUGAGUCUUGUUCGCUGUGAUCCAACUCGGCGUCCGAUCUGUUGCUCUGGAGCCCCACUGACUGACAGCAUAUUUAUUAUUUAUAGACCUGUGAAUAGAAAGCAGCUGGCUUUAUAACAUUAUGUUGUCAUAGGUAAUAAAAAAUAUAGACUUCUGCUUUCUGUUAAAUUAUAGGAAUGGCAUCUUUUCUUGUGUUUUUCCUGCUACUUUUAGAGGAAGUGUUAACCCAUUCCUUCAUGUCAAGUAUUGUAUGAACUACACUGAAACAGUUAACUUGGUAAAAGAUUAGUGACUGUGUCUGGGGCAUUAACACUGCUUGUUACCUGGUAGAACUUUAUGUAUUUGCAAUAAAAAUCCUAUCAUGCUGUUUGUUUA